AUGGUAAAUACCAUCAGACACGGACGAACAGAUCUAUCGAAACUCAUUGUUGAGCUUGAGGAUAUUUUGGAAAGUGGCAAGAUCGAAAACCACAUUGCUCUUGGGUGGAGUUUGGGCGGACAUGUGGUCUGGCAAGCUUGGCUCUGGGAGCCCAAGAUAGCUUCUGCUGUAAUUAUUGUAGGAUGCCCUGAUAUUCCUGGUUUAAUGCAGAGUCGUGCACGUAAGUCCAAAGUUCAAUGGACGGGUUCUUUCCAAGGUAGCCGAAUUUUUCCCAGUGACGUUUCCAACAUCUGUAUGUACAGCGACCCAAAGACAUAUCUGUUUGGAAGAGAUGCACUGGAAAAGAUCACGCUAUCGUCCAAUGACGAAUGUCGCUUAUGGACUGUUCUCAAUCAUACUAUCAGGGGAAAGAAAUUGCUGCUAUGUUCCGGACAGGAGGAUGAGCUCGUGCCAUAUACCAUCACCCAGCCAUUUGUGCAACAACUAUCAUGCGCAAUCAGCCGGCAAAAUUGGCAAGGAGAGGAUGCAGUAACAAUUGAUGAUAGGCUUUACGGUGGAAUAGGGCACGAGUUCAGCAAUAAUAUGGUUAAAGAUGCCGUAGAAUGGAUCAUGGGUGCUUCAAGAGCUGGACGACGGCGAGAGCAGGGCAACAUUUCUACUCAUCGUAAUGGGCCAUUUCUUUAG